AUGAGGGGCAUUUCCGUUUACAUAUUUCAUUUCUAUACCUUAGUUCAAUUAUUCCUGGUAGUUGUUUCCCGUGAACCACCCAUUAUAAAUCUACCAGAACAAGGCACGAUAUCAGGAAUGUAUAUGUCAAUGUUCAGAGUACAAAAAAUCGCUGCUUAUUUAGCAAUUCCUUAUGCUCAUCCACCAAUUGGUCAAUUGAGAUUUGCUCCACCCAGUGUUGACCCACCGCCCAGCUGGGAUGGAGUCAGAAAUGCUACCAGAUUUGGUCCAGAUUGUUGGCAGAUGACCGAAACUGAAGAGGAGGAAACAUUAAAUAAAAAGUAUCAGAAUAUCAUAGAUGCUUUGCUUCAGAGAAGAGUUAGAGAAGAAGAUUUGCCUGAGGAACCGUAUGAUGAAGAUUGCUUGCUAUUGAAUGUUUAUGUACCAGAUGGUCCAGCGCCAUCAGAUGGCUACAGUGUGGCAGUGUGGUUUCAUCCAGGAGAGUUCAUUAGCGGCAGUGCAAAUGAUAUCGAUCCUUUCCAAUUAGUUUUCAAGCAAAAGAUCAUAGUAGUAACCGUGGCAUAUCGGUUAGGUAUAUUUGGAUUUUUCACUACAGUAGAUGGAGAAGCUCCUGGAAACUUUGGACUCAUGGAUCAAGCUGCAGCAUUGAGAUGGGUAAAUAGAAAUAUUGAACAAUUUGGCGGCAACAAGGAUUCAGUUUGCCUGAUCGGGCACGGUUCUGGUGCGGUGAGCGCCACAUUGCACAUGACGGCGGGUGAAUGGUCGAACGGCAUGUUCCAUCGAAUCAUUGCGAUGAGCGGAAACGCUUUAACGGAAGGAACGGUUCAGGAUCCUAAGAGGCAUUUGCGCACACUAAAUCGUGUCGCUUAUCUGUUCGGCUGCUUUAGAAGACCAACUGAUAAUCUAAUAGCAUGCUUACGAAAUGUUAAGGCUUCAACAUUAUUACAACAAACAGCCCGAGUAACAAAAUGGGGUCCAGUUUUAGAUGCUGGCUUAAGCAAUUCAACGAUAUCAUUUAUUCAAGAGGACCCCCGUGCCAUGUUCGAGCGCGGUCAGUUCACCCAAGUGCCCGUUCUUAUCGGGUUCACGGACGGAGAAGACGCCCUAUCAAUUGCUGGAAGUGAAAUAGAUCAGAACGGAAUCGACCCUGCCCAUUUUGAAUCGAUGCUAGUUGUUUCCCGCGAACCACCAAUUAUAACUCUACCCGAACAAGGCUCGAUAUCAGGAAUGUAUAUGUCUAUGUUCAGAGUACAAAAAAUUGCAGCAUACUUAGCAAUUCCUUAUGCUCAUCCACCAAUUGGUCAAUUGAGAUUUGCUCCGCCUAGUGUUGACCCACCGCCCAGUUGGGAUGGAGUGAGAAAUGCUACCAGAUUUGGUCCAGAUUGUUGGCAGAUGACCGUAACAGAAGAGGAAGAAACACUAAAUAAAAAGUAUCAGAAUAUCAUAGACGCCUUGCUUCAGAGAAGAGUUAGAGAAGAAGAUUUGCCUGAGGAACCGUAUGAUGAAGAUUGCUUGCUAUUGAAUGUUUAUGUACCAGAUGGUAAGUGA